AUGCCUGUGGCAAAUCACUCCAGUACAAAUGAAUUCAUCCUCAUGGGACUUACAGAAAACUCAGACCUGAAAGCCCUUCUGUUUGUGGUGUUCUCUACCAUCUAUCUGGUCACCAUAGUAGGGAAUCUAGGGUUGGUGGCCUUGAUUUACAUGGAGCGCCGUCUUCACACACCAAUGUACAUCUUCCUGGGCAACCUGGCUCUCAUGGAUUCCUGCUGUUCCUGUGCCAUCAAUCCCAAGAUGUUACAGAACUUCUUUUCUGAAGACAGAAGGAUUUCCCUCUAUGAAUGCAUGGCACAAUUCUAUUUUUUCUGUUUUGCUGAGACUACAGACUGCUUUCUUCUGGCAGCAAUGGCCUAUGACCGCUAUGUGGCCAUAUGCAGACCACUGCAGUACCACACCCUGAUGUCAAAGAAACUCUGCAUUCAGAUGACCGCAGGAGCCUACAUAGCUGGAAUCUUGCAUCCCAUGGUUGAAGUUGGGCUUUUAUUUAGGUUGGUAUUCUGUGAGUCUCACCAGAUCAAUCACUUUUUUUGUGAUGUUCUUCCAUUAUACAGACUCUCCUGUGUUGAUCCUUACAUCAAUGAAUUGAUGAUAUUCAUCUUGGCAGGAUCAAUUCAAAUUUUCACUAUUACUAUUGUCCUAGUCUCUUAUUUCUAUAUCCUUUUCACUAUAUUCACAAUGAAAUCUAAAGAGGGAAGAGGCAAAGCUCUAUCUACUUGUGCAUCCCAUUUCCUUUCUGUGUCGAUAUUCUAUGGUUCUCUUCUCUUCAUGUAUAUUAGACCAAGUUCGGUUAAUGAAGGAGACACAGAAAAACCAAUUGCCAUUUUUUAUACUCUAGUCAUUCCUUUAUUAAAUCCUUUCAUUUAUAGCCUAAGAAACAAGGAAGUAACAAAUGUUAUGAAAAGAAUUAUGAAGAGGCACUCUCUUCAGAGUAAAAUGAAUUUUACUCAGUCACUUCAGAGUAAAAUAUUAAAUUAUUAA